UGCCCAGCCGCCCCCAGCCAAGAAAAGAAAACUAAGAAUCUGUGAAUAUCCAAGCCACCAUUUCAAGGCUCCUCGCUCAGAACAUUGGAAAAAAGAAGCCUUUUACAGAUUGCUGGAAAAAUGUAACAUCAAAGGUUUUCUGAAUACUGAUAGGAGCCUGAGAAUGUCGGACAAGUACUUACUGGCUAUGAUCUACAUCUACUUUGAAAGAGCCAACCUAGCACCAAGCGAAUACGACUGUGUCAAUUUCUUCUGUGCUCUAUUCCUCGCAAAUCAGAUGGAAGAGGAGAAUUUCUUCUAUUACAAGAUGUAUGCCGAUAUUGCUGUCCUAAUCAAUCUAAAGGAUUUUGAGAAGAGAAAGAACAUCUUUUGGGCACGGAUGCAGUGGAGGACUUUUGUUACUCCUGAGGAACUGGAAGAGGUUAUGAGAGAUGAACAUUAUAUAUGGAGACGUGAACGAAGAGCCCAUCUUGCCACACCUACAUACCCAGUCAUCAGGAGAUACAAAAGGAAAUAUCAUUCAUCCAGUCAGUAUUAACAAAAGAAGCCCUGUAUUCAGUGUCAUCUAUUACCACCUCUGCCAUCUAUAUAAUUAUAACAUCAAUGUAACCAACUCUGCCAUCUAUGUGUCUGGUUACUGCCAUCUAUAGAACAACUACUAACAUCUAUAUAACCAACAAUACCAUCUACAUCACCAACUACGUAACCAGCUACUGCAAAGCUACACUAUAUAACCAAUUAUUGCCAUCUAUACCACCAGCUUUAUAUUCCUGUGUAACUUGCUGGGAAAUACCACCGACCCUUGCUGAAGGUGGAAGACAAGGAUAUAACAUCAACCCAAUAGAAAUGUUUUUCUCAACCAAAUUGUACAAAAUUAUUUUAUUUAAAAAAUAUAUAUUUCUUUUUAUGUAGAGGAAAAAGCUAAUUGUAGAUAGAUACAAAUUUAUAUGGGCAAAACAUUUUUUUUAAAAAUGAAAUCAAAUUUCUAACCUGGACAUGUUCAGCACAAAUAUCCACCACCUAUAUCAGAUAUGUACGAUUUUAUUUUAGUUAAGAGAUGAUGUUAAAUCAACUACUUCUGCUAAAUAGCUUGACUGUCUGACAAUCCGUUUAUUAAGUAUUGAUUUUUCAAUUUAUUAAAUUACUAGCUUUUU